UUUCUUGAAGCAAUUUACGAUGGUCUCUUUCUUCACUUUGUCCCACGACGAAACAAGUAUUUGAAGAGCACGCAGAAUUGAAACUUUUGGAAGAUCUUUGCCUUUUUCUAGGUUUUGAAUCAUCAUGUUGACCAAUUUUUGGCGAUAAAGAGACUUAAGACAUCUUAUGACACCUUGGUCCAUCGGUUGUGACACAGAAGUUGUAUUUGGAGAAACAUUGCAUUGAUUUCUCGCACCCACUCUUCAAAAAGAGAGCUGUCCAUCCAACUCUUCUUCUGCGCUCUGUACCUGCAGGGUAGGGAUGUUACAUUUUUGAAGCACCUUGGUUUCUUCGAUUUACCAAUCACAAACAUUGGUAGUUUAUCUCCGACAGCAUUGGCAGCUGCAAGCCCGGUAAUUCGGACUUUGCUAUUUUUACCCACAGAGCAUUUUUCGGAUUUGUAGUGAUACGUUUUAUUUGGUAAGCAUUGGUAGAAGAGACCGAAUUCGUCGGCAUUGUAAAUAUCUUCUAGUUUGUAGUUAGUUAAUAAUGUUGGUAAAGUGGUUUCAAACCAAGAUGCUAUCACAUCAGGUUGAACAGAAUUGCUUUCACCAACGACCGUCUUGAACGUUACAUUGUGCCUGAAAUAGAAAAUAAAACAAAUACCGACUUGUAUAAAAGAUUUAUUGUUAACCUGUUCGUGCAUUUUUUCGAAUACGAAUGUUCGAAUUUCAAUUCGAAUGUUUUUAAAAAUUCUUGUGUGAACACCCUGUGAACAUUAUCAUUAUUACUUGUGCAUGGCAACAAGGAAAAGCAAACCAGGAGAAAAAGGAGAAGAUGGAUCUUGCAAAAAUGAUAAUUGAUCAAAAUUUAAUCAAUGUUGUAAUGAUAAAAGAAUUUGAAUUGGCUUCACAUGUUAAGGGGUUCCACGUUUAUAAAGCAUUGUGGACUCCAAAAAAUGGGGAGACUUUACAAUGCGAAGGAGAGCCUAAUAAUCCCGUUGACAAAUAUGCUGUGUGUGUCAAGAAAGAAAACAAGAUAGUUGGACAUUUACCACUUGGAAAAUCUGGAAAAUUUGCUAAAACAAUAUUUUAUUUCCUCAGAGCUGAUGAAUUAAGCUCGUGCAAAGUAAUUGUGACUGGAAAACCAGUUAAUUUGGGAGAUGGUGAAGGCAUGCAAGUGCCAUGCAAUUUGACAUUUAUUGGAACGGAAAAGUGCAUCAAGAUACUCAAAUAACAUAUUUAGUUUACGUUAGUCUUUUUAAGAUUUUAAUAUCAAAAUAAAAC